AUGUCUUCCUCUACCAACCACCGUUUCGACCCUACCUUCACGGACCAAGUGGUCAAUGCCAUGGGUCCCAAGACCCCCGAGCGCGCGCGUGUCAUUCUGGGCUCGCUCAUCCGCCACAUUCACGACUUUGCCCGUGAGGUCGAAUUGACCCCCGCUGAGUGGAUGACCGGUGUUGAAUUCAUCAACUCCAUCGGUGCCAUCAGCACCCCAAUCCGCAACGAGGGCCACCGUAUCUGCGACGUGAUCGGUCUCGAGUCGCUCGUUGAUGAGAUUGCCAACAAGAUCGUCACCGAGCAGGGACUGUCCCCGACUUCCAACGUUAUCCUCGGCCCCUUCUGGUCUCCCAAUGCUCCCUUCCGCGCCCUGGGCGACAGCAUCAUCCAAGACCCGCUCCCCAACGGUCGGGUCACCUAUAUGCACGGUCGUCUGACCGACAUGGAGACCGGCAAGCCCAUUGUCGGCGCGGUGCUCGACAUCUGGCAAGCAUCUGCCAACGCCAAGUACGACUUCCAGGACCCCGAGCAGAGCGAGAACAACCUCCGCGGCAAAUUCCGCUCCAACGAGAACGGUGAAUUCUACUGGUACUGCUAUCACCCCACGGCGUACUCGUUGCCCACCGACGGUCCCGCCGGUGUCCUGCUGAACUUGAUGGACCGUUCGCCUAUGCGUCCCGCGCACAUUCACCUGAUGAUCACUCAUCCGGACUACGCCACCGUCAUCAACCAGAUCUAUCCCAGCACCGACCCUCACUUGGAGAUCGACUCCGUCUUUGCCGUCAAGGAUGACUUGGUGGUCGACUUCAAGCCCAAGACCGACGAUCCCAAGGCCGAGCUGGACUUGGAGUACAAUGUCCGCAUGGCUCUGAAGAAGCACCACCCUCACCCCAACUCGGAACCGCCCAAGUCUUCCUUUGAGCGCUCCAUGGGUGGUGGUAAGCUUUAA